UUGUCUGCAACAGCUGCAAUGGCCGCAACAACCGCGAGCAUGGACACGGCGGCUGAGGCCACGACUCCGGGCGUGGAUGUGGAGGCUGGGAACCCCAAAGUGGACGACGCCGCACCGGUCACGGCCUCGUUCUUCACCCUACCGGCGACACACACCGACGGCUACACCCUGCAAUGCGUCGAGUACAACAACGAGGCGAGUCCGCGCGAGGGCGUUGUCCUCAUUCUUUGCCACGGAUACUGUGACCACUUCAACGGCCCCUCGAUGGCGGCCAUGGCCAAGGCGGCGUGCGGCAAGUACGGGGUCCGCACCUUUGCGCUGGACCUCACCGGCUUUGGCCGCUCUUCGGGCGUCCUUGGCCUGGUCUCCUCCUUCCAGCACCUGAUCGACGACGUCCUCUGCCUCGCCCACCACGUCCGCGAGCGGUUCCCGGCAGAGUCCCACGCCAUGUUCCUCGCCGGCGAGUCGAUGGGCGGAUGCGUGGUGCUGCGGCUAGUCCGGCAGGUGCCGGACCUGUUCAACGGCGCUAUCCUCUUUGCGCCCAUGGUCCGCAUCGCGGACAAGCAGCGGCCGCCGGCGUGGCAGGUCCCGCUCUUCAAGGGUCUCUCGUUCAUUGCGCCCAAGUGGGCCGUCCUCCCGCAGCCUGACGACCCCAUCGCCGAUUGCUUCCGCGACCCCGAGGUGUGCGAGCUUGUCCGCAACGACCCGCUGCACUACAACGGUAAGCCACGGCUCAAGACCGCGUACGAGAUGCUGACCGCUUCUGAGGACCUCGUGGCCCACCUCGAGGAGAUCACCACCCCUUUUCUCGUCCUGCACGGCGAAGCCGACGCCAUGACCGACAUCGAGUAUUCGCGCUUGCUCCACGAGCGUGCAAGCUCCACCGACAAGACCAUCCUUACCUACCCGGGCGCGUACCAUUGCCUCAUUGUCGAGCCCGAUGGUAUCGGUGAGCAGGUCGCCACCAACGUCAUGGAGUGGAUCCUCGCGCGGGUGCCGCAGACCAGCGCCGAAUGAUGGCAACACCAAGUUCGCGCCACGCCUGACCUCGGCUCUGCACUGUAAACGUACUACUGCUUCA